CCGCGGAGUUCCCCAGUGGUGAAAUUUUCGUUUCUGCAUCGUCCCGGGAUACCCUGCGAAACAGCUGCAGUGUUAAUGAGAUUCAUUCAUUUUGAUUUGAGAGGGUGAAUUUCGUCUUACAAGCUGACGUAACAAUAUUACAAUGAAAGGACACAUUUUCUUACGGUUUAUGAAAGUCUCGUUACUGUGCAGUCACCAGGGGGCAAGCAUGGAAUAAUGUACUUUAGGAAACUCAACAACGUCGGCAUUUCGUCAACAUUCUGAUCUGGAUGCAACCAUGGAUUUAUAAUGGUCUUGGAUGUGAAUAGAUGUCCAGCGGAACAGCGAGCUCUCUGAAGAUCUUCAUAUUGCUAUUUUGUUGCAGGAGGGUUCCUGCUGCCCCCGUCUCUCCGGCGUUGUUGUGAAUUGAUCUAACAUGGCGACUGUACCAGUAUAUUGCAUCUGCAGAUUACCUUACGACGUAACACAGUUUAUGAUCGAAUGUGAUGCUUGUAAGGAUUGGUUCCACGGCAGCUGUGUUGGGGUGGAUGAGGAUGAAGCUCCCGAUAUCGAUAUCUACCACUGUCCAAACUGUGAGAAGACCCACGGCAAGUCUACGUUGAAAAAGAAAAAGAACUGGAACAAGCAUGACACGGGGCAAAGCACUGACGUCCGACCUGUUCAGAACGGCAGUCAGGUGUUUAUUAAGGAACUACGGAGUCGCACCUUCCCCAGCUCUGAGGACGUGGUGGUCAAACUCGCAGGCAAUCAGUUGACCAUGGACUACCUGGAGGAGAAUGGCUUCAACGAGCCCAUCCUGGUACUAAAGAAAGACGGCCUGGGGAUAUCCAUGCCUGCUCCCACAUUCUACGUCAGUGAUGUGGAAAACUAUGUCGGACCAGAUGUUCCCGUGGAUGUAGUGGAUGUCACCAAACAGACAGACAGCAAAAUGAAGCUGAAGGAGUUUGUUGAUUACUACUAUAGCACAAACAGGAAGAAAGUACUAAAUGUUAUCAACCUGGAAUUUUCAGACACAAGGAUGGAUAGCAUUGUGGAGAGUCCGGCGAUUGUCCGAAAACUAUCGUGGGUAGAGAAUUACUGGCCAGAUGACGCUUUGCUUGGAAAGCCCAAAGUCACCAAAUACUGCCUAAUCUGCGUGAAGGACAGCUACACGGACUUCCACAUCGAGAAUGGCGGGGCCUCCGUGUGGUAUCACGUGCUAAAGGGAGAGAAGAUCUUCUUCCUGAUCAAGCCCACCUCGGCUAACCUCUCCCUGUACGAGCGCUGGCGGUCCUCCUCCAAUCAUAGCGAGAUGUUCUUCGCCGACCAGGUGGACAAGUGCUACAAGUGCACGCUCAAGCAGGGUCAAACUCUCUUCAUUCCGUCAGGGUGGAUCAAUGCAAUACUGACUCCUGUUGACUGCCUGUCCUUUUCCGGGCACUUUGUCCACAACCUGAGUGUGGAGAUGCAGAUGAGGGCGUAUGAGGUGGAAAAGAGGCUGAAGGUAGCCAGCCUGACUCCCUUCUCGAACUUCGAGACUGCCUGUUGGUACGUCGGACGGCACUUGUUGGAGAGAUUCAAAGGUUUACACAAGACAAAUAAGCAGCCAGCUCCCUAUUUGGUACACGGUGCCAAAAUCAUCAAUGGAGCCUUCAGGUCGUGGACUAAAAAACAGGCCCUCCUGGAACACGAGGAUGAACUUCCCGAGAACAUGAAGCCAACACAGCUCAUUAAAGACCUUGCCAAAGAGAUUCGGAUUUGUGAGAAUGCAACUAAAGCCAUAAAGUCGGAACCCAGCAGCACCAAGCUUCCAGCCGAGGAACCGCCCUCGGCCCCCCCGGAGCCCGAGGACCCGGCGUCCCCCGUUGCCACCCCCCCACGGGACAAACCAGCCAGGAAGAAAGCCACCAAGCCCCCCAAGCCUCCCAAGAUGCCCAAGGCGCCCAAACCACCCAAGGUGCCCAAGGUAAAGGAGGGGGGCAAGAAGAAAGGGAAGAAAGCCAAAGAUGGCGGUCUCCCUCCAAAACCUUCCAGUCUGGCAGCACUUGAGUCCCAUGCCAAGGAUAUUCUUAGUAAGAUGGACCAGCCCAAGAAAGGCAAGGCGGCAAAGAGUGUAAUGAGCCCAGUGGAGAGAGAACCGAACAAGCAGAACGAUGUAGAGAAGUUCGAAAUGCGAGAACACAACAAGAACAAAACAGAGGCCAAGUGGAAAUACAAGAACAGCAAGCCAGACUCCUUAUUGAAGAUGGAAGAGGAGCACAAAUUUGAAAAGUCAACACUAGGACACAAAGACAAUAAGUUCAGCUUUUCAAUGUCCAACAAGAAACUGCUGGGUUCAAAGACACUUAAACCACAGACAAACUCCAGUGUGUUCGGAUCAUUACAAAACCUGAAAGAGGACAAAAACAAGCCUGUGAGAGACGAGUAUGAGUAUGUGUCAGACGAAGGCGAGCUCAAGAUUGACGAGUUCCCCAUCAGGAGGAAAAAAAAUGCGGUGAAGAGGGAUUUGUCAUUUUUAUCAAACAUCAAAGAGCCCAUUCAGCCUUCCAAAAAGCCAAAGCUGCAGCCCUCGGUUCUGAAGAACGGCGACUCUUCAGACGAAGAGUCGCUUCACAUAGACACUGAAGCCAAGCCCGAGGUCAAAGGGCGUAACUCAAAGGUCAAGAAGAAGGGUGGCAGUGCGGCUGGCAUCCUGGACCUGCUGCAGGCCAGCAAGCAAGUGGGCGGCAUCGACUACAGCGCAAACAGUCAGCCACCUGCAUCCCCCAGCACACAGGAAGCCAUUCAGGGCAUGUUGUCCAUGGCUAACCUGCCGUCCUCAGUCUCCUGUCUGACGCCGUCCUGGAGCAACAGCCAGUCAAAGAGCAACUCGCACGGCGGACAGGCAUCAAAGAAGACAAGUGCCAGUAGUGGUGGAGGUGGCAACACCAACAGCAAGAAGCAAAGUAAGCGGCCACCCAAGAAGAGUCGUAAGACCAGCGGUGUGGAGAGCCCCGACAUGUUCGAUGAUGACCAUGACCACCUGGAAGCAUGCUUCAGGGACUCCGAUUACGUAUAUCCUUCUUUGGAAUCUGAGGAGGACAACCCCAUCUUCAAGUCACGAUCGAAGAAGAGGAAAAACUCAGACGACACUCCAUACAGUCCUACAGCUCGCGUCGGCCCCUCUGUUCCACGCCAGGAGAGGCCUGCUCGUGAGGGCGCGCGGGUGGCAUCCAUAGAGACAGGCCUGGCAGCUGCCGCUGCCAAACUCUCCCAUCAGGAGGAGCAGCAGAAGAUCAAGAAGAAGAAGAAGAGCACCAAAAAGAAGGCAGCGCCAGCGCCCCUGGUGGUGGAGGAGCCCCAGAGACACUCUCAGGACAGCAGCUCGCCAGAGCCCCCGCUGGACUCGCAGGAGGGCCUCCUUUCUGACCACGAGUACAGCACGGGUGCCGGGGCGGGCAAGACGGCCGGUGGCUCACAGCCGAUGGCACCAGGCGUCUUCCUCAGCCAGAGGAGACCCUCCACGUCCUCACAGAACAACAACAGCUCGGCGCCCAGCGGGGCCAAAGGGGAGCGAGCUGGAGCUGGAGCCGGAGCCGGAGCAGGAGCAGGAGCAGGAGCGGGAGCGGGCGCAGCCGACGCCAAAGGUAAGGAGAGAGAGGGUCUGACAGAUGAUGGUUCUAGUUCAGCCAAGCGGCUAAAGAAAGGAAUGGCAACAGCCAAACAGAGACUGGGAAAGAUCCUAAAGAUCCAUCGGAAUGGGAAACUCCUUCUGUAGCCAGGGACAGCAGUGAAAGGACUGGGAUACUUCUCGAUUCUCCCGAUGUAAUGGACCCAUGGAUUGGCCUAUCCCAGCCCACCCUACCCCUCCCUAACCUAUAGUCCUUCUCCUAACGUUCACCUUGAUCCCCCCACCCUGCCUGUCAAAGAGAGGAGUGGACAACCUGACCGAAGGCGGAGAGAAGCCAACUACAACCUUUUUGAUUUCUAAGAACAACAUAGCUCAAAAAAAAAAAAAAAAACAAAAAAAAAAAAAAUAAACAGGCUUUUGCCUCAACAUAUACUUUAUAACUUUCAGAUAUGGAAAAGUGUACAAAAUACCUGCUAUUAAUAUUUUUUAAGAGGAUUUUUGUCUCAUUUUACUACAGCUGUCAUUUUAUCAGGGGUUGCUCGAGACAUAAGGAAAAUUUGCAUAGCAGUCAUUCCAAGAUGUAGAAAGUAUCCCUUGCAUGUGAUCCGGUUGCAUGUAUGCAUUGGUUUUUGGUGGGGGCCGGGAGGGGAGUCUCUGUAUGUUGAGUGUGUUUGUGUGUGUGUGUGUGUGUGUGUAUAUGUGUAUAUGUGUGUGAGUAUGGGGAAGCGUUAUUGUCACUGGGAAUUCAUUCCUGUUGUAUUGGAUCAGGCUUAUCAUCACUUGAGUGAUUUUGAAACCGGUGGAAUUUGGAGAGGAAUGGCUCCUUUGCGGUUCUUUACAGCGGUUCAGUACAAGACUUACUUCUACCCUUGCCACCGAGGAAGGAAAUUAUAGUGUAAGAUCUGCUCUCUUCAUGAUGGGCCUCUAGCUUUUUGUCAGUUGUGAUUUUUUGUUAACUUUUUUGCUAAGCACUAUCACUGAUACUAUUUAUUGACCUAAUAUAAUUGUACAUGUCAUAGGUAUUCUACGGAAAAGCCAAGAGGCACUUACAGAACAUCUUGGAAGCACAAAAAUGAAGUCAUGUUUGUUAGUCAUGGUAAAUGUCUUUUUUGCUUCAUACAAUGCAGAAAUAGGCAGAAAAGGAAAAUAGCCUGCUAGCUUCCAUUUGCAACUUCCAACUAUUUAAACACAUAUUUAAAUCCACACAAGUUUUUUUUUGUAUUUUUUUUUUAUUGAACCAUAUUGUCAUUCUAAUGAAAUGGCACCGCAUUCAUUCAGUAGUGAACAUAUCAUUGCAUGAUAGGAAAAAAAUAAUGUUUUCAGUAAAUUACUGAAUUAUAAGUUGUGCUUUGAUUCAUAUAUCAGCAUUAGAGGAACUGUUUCUUUUCUUUUUUGUUCAAUAUUUCUUCAUUUGUUGCUUAAGUAGCUAGAUGCAAAGGCAUGCAAUCCAUUUGAUAAACAUUUGAACAUUAAUACCAUAUUGUGCAAACGCAACCAUAAACUGUGGUGUUAAACACAACCAUAAACUGUGCUACAUAUUUAGGGCCGUAGAUCAGGGAGACCCUCUCCAGCACUCUGCUUUUCUCCACCUGAAUUCACAACUGUAUUUGCACAAAUUCAGUCCGUCUGAAAGGAUGAAUGAUUUCCAAACCCUGAGACACUAAUUAAAUGGGACCUUCAACUCUGAUGAUAAGCCUUAUCCGUCUGUGUUUGGCUUACAUGGGGAUACUUUCUCAAUCUCUCCUUAGUUGUUUCGCAGGCAGCACCUGUUUCCUUAGACUGAAAUAUGCAUUUGUAUGGCUUCACAGUACAGUAUGUAGAAUGUAGCUUGUACAUAGCUUUUUAAAUGACUACUUUUUGUAUCCUUUUUCCUUAAUACUUCAUUAUACAUUUUUACUAGUUUUUGCUAAUUAUAAACAAAAGGUAUAUAAAAAGAUACAUGAAUAGUCCUUACUUUUUAAUUAUGUUAGAUACCCAAAUAGUUGGCUUCAUUUUGUUAAUCCCAUUACUCGGUUUUUAUUUUGUUUUUGUUUAAAUUUUGUUUUGGUGUGUGUUACUAGACAAAGGUGUUGCCUGGUGAUCAAAGGAAACCACAUUACAUCUACUAUCAUAUGGCCUUACAUACACAAAGCUCCAUGUAUUGUGAUUCAGAUACAAGAGAGGAAAUCUCUGAGGGAAAAAAAAGAAGAAAAAAAAAAAUCAAAAACAUCAGAAAAUCAAGUUUCAACAACCAGCCUCUUGUUUGGAUUUUAGUGCCCCUGAUGGGAUUCAAAGUUAUUUUACUAGCACCUUGUGAAGUGUUUAUGUGUCAGUGAUGUAAUUUAUUAAUGUUUGUAGCCUUUUAUACUUGUAAAAUUCUGAAGACUUUUUUGUUUGUUUGUUUAAAAUAUUUUAUCAGCCUGUGAACCAUCUCCCCUUUGCAAACUUGUGUCAUUGACAAGCCUCUUGGCUUUAUGUUUUCAGGCAAUAGAAAUCUUUUUUUAAGUCAUCUUUCUGAAUCAUCAACAUUUUGUCAGCUGCAUAAGGUCAUCAAAGUUAAAAUGUUACAUUAUCAUUAUUAUUUCUAUUAUUAUUAUUACCACCACCACCAUCAUGCAGCUAUUUUAAAUAACGGUAUCAUGCCAUGGAUUUUUAUAUUAUAUAUAAAUAUAUAUAUAAUAGAUUAUGUAAAUUUUUAACAAGGUUUACUGUGCUAAUCAAUUGCAGUGUUUUAGUUACCUAUGUAAAUCUUGUAUUCACCUCUAUGAAUUGAAACACACUCCGAUCAACUUUGUCAAUGGAACUAUUUCAGGUUUUUAUUUGUACAAAAUGUGUGUUGCUUUGUCGUGGUUUAUUUUUAUAUGUUCAACAUAUUAAAUGCAUCCACUGUGCCAGGGCAGUGAAUGAUACA